AUGGCUGACAUCGUCGAUAACUUCGUGAAGUGCCCGGUCUACGCGGUCAGUACUCCCAAAGCUCCCGAAGAUCUCCCCACCCCUUGCCGAGCGUCGAUGAGCGUGUCGGAUGCUUGCACUUCACCGUUCUUCGGUGUGAUGGGCUGCACCUCAGCUAUUGUUUUCACUUGCUUCGGUGCUGCCUAUGGAACUGCCAAGUCCGGCGUUGGGAUUUGCUCAAUGGCUGUUCUCCGACCUGAUUUGAUCGUGAAGAACAUUGUCCCAGUUAUUAUGGCUGGUAUUAUUGGUAUCUAUGGUCUCGUCGUGUCUGUCUUGAUCUCGGAUGGGCUCAAACAACAACUGCCUUUAUACACUGGUUUCAUUCAGCUCGGUGCAGGCCUCAGUGUCGGAUUGUCUGGUCUCGCUGCAGGAUUCGCUAUUGGUAUCGUUGGUGACGCUGGUGUACGGGGUACAGCACAGCAACCUCGACUUUUUGUUGGCAUGAUUCUUAUUCUCAUUUUUGCUGAAGUCUUGGGUCUUUACGGCUUGAUCGUCGCCCUUCUAAUGAACUCGAAGGCCAGCUUGGAGGUAUCGUGCUAA